AUGGAGAUCGACGAGGCGGUGCGCGGGUGCAGCGACCGCCGCCUGCGCACUAAGUACGGCAACGCUGUCUACGUCGUCCAGCGCGCCUUCGCGCUCUACCCGUUUGAGGAAGUUGCCUUCAGCUUUAAUGGUGGGAAGGAUUCAACUGUGCUCCUGCAUUUGAUUCGAGCUGGUUACUACCUUUACAAGAAGGACUCUGGUGAUGUAGCCCAAAUGAAUGCUGUUAAAAACUGUCCACUGCGUACCAUCUAUUUUGAAAGCCCUUGUGCUUUUCCUGAAAUCAACUCAUUCACUUAUGAGACUGUCUCAACUUAUGGGUUACCACUGGAAACUAUCCAUUCAGAUUUCAAGUCUGGUCUAGAAGGCCUUCUGAAGGAGAAGCCCACCAAAGCAAUUUUCAUUGGCACAAGAAUUGGUGAUCCAAAUGCGGUUGGUCAAGAACAGUUCUCUCCUAGUUCACCUGGCUGGCCCCCUUUUAUGAGGGUGAAUCCUAUCUUGGAUUGGUCAUACAGGGAUGUUUGGUCUUUUCUAUUAACAUGUAAGGUCAAAUACUGCAGCCUUUAUGAUCAAGGGUAUACUUCCAUUGGGAGCAUACAUGAUACUGUUCCAAAUGCACUUCUUAGUGAUUCAUCAACUGAGAAAAGUUUUAGACCAGCAUACAUGCUAACAGAUGGAAGGCUUGAAAGAGCUGGUAGAACAAAAAAGACUAAUCCUAAAGUAGAAAUGAACUCUGUUGUAAGCAAUGGCAUGAACUAUACUGAGGGAGGACAGAUGAUCUCACGUGCAGCAUCAAUCAUUGUAGUCGGUGAUGAAAUUUUGUUUGGUACAACUAAGGAUAACUUAGGAGCAGCCUUGUGCAAGAAGCUUCAUGCAAUUGGCUGGUGGGUUUCUCAUGUAGCAGUUGUUCACAAUGAGAUUGAUUCUGUUGCUGAAGAAGUUGAACGUUGUAAAUCUACUGAUGACAUGGUGUUUAUUUUUGGUGGACUCGGGCCGCUACAUUCAGACGUUUCUUUGGCUGGUGUCGCGAAAGCAUUUGGAGUUCGUCUGGCUCCUGAUGAAGAGUUUGAGGAUUAUCUUAGUCAACUCAUGGGAAACAAUUACACCGGUGAUCGAAAUGAGAUGGCACUGUUGCCAGAAGGUAUUACUGAAUUACUGCAUCACAAAACGCUACCAUUACCAUUGAUCAAAUGCAGAAAUGUUAUUGCUCUUGCUGCAACCAAUAUGGAUGAACUAGAAACCGAGUGGGAUUGUCUUCUAGAUACUCAGGAGAGUGGUUUAAUGCCAGCAAAACCUUUUGUGUCAAAGCAUCUCAGCACUACACUUUCAGAUGUUCAGAUUGCUCCGGUCCUUGCAAAACUGUGCUUAGAGUUUUCUGACGUUUACAUAGGGUGUCAUCGGAUAUCAAGAGCUGGGCCUUUGGUUGUGAAUCUUACCGGAAAGGAUAACCAGAGGGUAGAUGCGGCUGCUGAGAAGCUCACAAGCAGUUUUGAAGGACAAUUUUCCCAAGUUGACAGUUGCAAAUAA